AUGGCUUCUUUCCUCCUUUUCCUCUCUAUCAUUUCUCUCCUCUUUCCCUUCAUUUCUUCAUCAAACUCCUCCACAACAAUCCCUCUUUCAUUUCUCAACACCAACACAAAUCAAGAUUUUUACCAAAAACUCACUCAUUUAGCUUCUUUCUCUUUAGCUAGAGCUCAUCAUAUCAAGAAUCCUCAAGAUUCUUCAAUUUCCAACAUCCCUUUAUAUCCUCAUAGCUAUGGAGGCUACUCAAUUACACUUCCAUUUGGUACACCUCCUCAAAAAAUGCCAUUUGUCAUGGACACUGGCAGUAGCUUUGUUUGGUUCCCGUGUACUAAAAAGUACCAAUGUUCCAAAUGUCCUGUUUCUUCACAAAAAAAUCCAACUUUUAUUCCAAAAUUGUCAUCUUCAGCUAGAGUUCUUGGAUGUUCAAAUCCAAAAUGCAGUUGGAUUCACCCAAAAAACAGCCCAAAAUCUCUUUGCCAUGAUUGUGAAUCGCGUAAUAGAACAAACUGUAAGCAUGCUUGUCCACCUUAUAUGAUUCUUUAUGGUUCAGGUUCCACAGCUGGGAUUGGCCUAGUUGAAACACUGAACUUACCAAACAAGAAAAUACCCAAUUUUCUUGUUGGUUGUUCUUUACUCUCCUCCCAACAGCCUGCGGGAAUCGCGGGGUUUGGGAGGGGAAUGUCAUCAUUGCCAAACCAAUUAGGAGCUAAGAAACUGUCUUAUUGUCUUGUAUCUCAUAUGUUUGAUGAUAUUCCUAAGAGUAGCAUGCUUGUUCUGGAUACUGUUUACGAAAAGUCCAAAAAUUUGAUCCACACCCCAUUGCUAAAAAGUCCAUUUAUUGCUGGAAGAAAUGCAUUAGCAGGAUACUACUAUGUUGGAUUGAGAAAAAUCACAGUUGGUGAGCAAAUAGUGAAGGUACCAUAUCAAUAUUUGGCACCAAAUUCAAAAGGGAACGGUGGGACGAUUGUGGAUUCAGGCACGACUUUCACUUUCUUGAAUCAUGAUAUUUUUGUGCCUGUGAUGAAUGCAUUUGUGAACCAAGUAAAGGGGUUUUCAAGAACUGAGAAAAUUGAAAGAUUGACAAAUUUAAGGCCAUGUUUCAAUGUUUCAGGGCAUAAAAUAGUGUCAUUGCCAGAAAUGAAGUUUCAUUUCCAAGGGGAUUCAGAGAUGGUAUUGCCAUUGGCAAAUUACUUCUCUAUUGUUGGUGAAAAUGAUGUGAUUUGUUUGACAAUGGUGAGUGAUUCUAGGCUCAAAUUGUCUACCGGACCAUCGAUAAUUCUUGGAAAUUUUCAAAUGCAGAACUUUUUUGUUGAGUUUGAUCUCAAAAAUAACAUGUUUGGGUUCAGGGAUCAAGUGUGCAAAUGA